ACAAGGCCGGACGUAUAAGCGCAGGGUACGGGUAGAAGAACGCGUUCGGUAUCGAAAUUCGACGGAAAAUAUUUAAAGAUGGUUGAUGUUAGAGACAUUUUAGAGUGGGAUAUUGAUUCAGAAAGACUCCCUACAACUUCCCACGGAGAAACUGGUCAAAAUGUGAGGAAAAGCGGAAUAAUUGGAGAGCAGAAAAAACAGAAACUGAAGAAAAGUAAUGAACCAGUUUUCAAGCGGCCUGAGGGAAUGCACAGAGAAGUCUAUGCAUUGUUGUAUUCUGAUAAUAAAGAUCCGCCUCCACUGAUACCAUCAGAUAGUAACCAUGGUUACAAGUCAAUGAAAGUGAAGCUUGGUAGAUGGCAGGUAAGACCGUGGAAGUUGAUGCCCUUCACCAAUCCAGCAAGAAAAGAUGGAGCUGUGUUUCACCAUUGGAGGAGAGUGGCUGACGAAGGAAAAGACUACCCGUUUGCCAGAUUUGACAAGUCUGUCCAGAUGCCAAUGUACACAGACCAGGAAUAUCAGCUCCACUUACACAGUGAGAAAUGGACAAGGCUAGCAACUGAUCACAUGUUUGACCUCUGCACUCGAUUCGACCUUCGCUGGGUCAUAGUUCACGACAGAUUUGAUCAUAUAACAUAUGGGAAGCGAUCUAUGGAGGACAUGAAAGAGAGGUACUACAGUAUAAUAAACAAACUUGCCAAGGUACGGAGUGAUCCUACACUUAGUAACCGGGCUCCACAAGCGUUUGAUGCUGAACAUGAAAGGAGGAGAAAAGAACAAUUGAUCAGGCUCUAUAACAGGACUAAUGAACAGGUUGAAGAGGAGGAGAUGCUAAUCACUGAAAUGAAAAAGAUAGAGUUGAGGAAGAAGGAGAGGGAGAAGAAGGCACAGGACCUUCAGAAACUCAUAACAGCCGCAGAUAACAAUGCUGAUCUACGAAGAACUGAAAGAAAGAUCAACAAGAAAAAGAUUGCUCUUCCGCUCAGCAAGAAAAGGGAGCAGGAAGGAACAACAAAGAUAUUGGAGACGGGUGGUAUCAAAUUUCCAGAUUUCAAGCAAUCCGGUGUUUAUCUUAGAAGUCAGAAGAUGAAGCUUCCAUCGUCCGUUGGUCUGAAGAAGACGAAAGCUAUAGAGCAUCUAUUAGAUGAGCUUGGUAUUCCAGUACAGCCUAUGCCAACUGAAGAGGUUUCCCUUCUUUACAAUGAAGUCAGAUCAGACAUGGUGUUACUUUACGAGUUGAAGCUUGCACUGGCAAACUGCGAAUUUGAGCUUCAGACCCUAAGGCACCGCUAUGAAGCCUUGGCCCCAGGAAAGCUACCCUCCAAACCGGCACUGACUCUCGGGGCAGCCCUGGCAGCUGGGGAGGGUCUGGGAGGAAGACCCAAGACUGGAUCCUCGUCGACCAGUGCACCAGGUAGCCUGCCAUCGACGUCGCUGUCGGCAUCGUUGAAUAUUGAAGGAGACGAAAGAGGGGACGAGGAGGAGAAAGAUGUUAAAGAAGAACCACUCUCGCCCGGAAGCAGUAGAAAGAUGACGGAUCUGGGUGAUCAGAUCAUAGUUGAUGUUGUGUCGACAACUCCAAUAACCCCAGUUUCCCUUUAUGAGCAGCAGCGGAAGAAGAGGUUAGCAGCAGUGGAACAAGGAAAUGUCCUCAAGAAACUCAAGAAGUGAAUACUCUUUGCGGUUGUAUCUUCUGAUGGUAGGCUGGCAGCAGAUAGGUUGGAUUCUUCUGGUAACAUGAGUAGAACCUGGUUAUCAAUUCUGGAGAUGAGGUUGUCCUUUGGAAAGUCAUUUGGACAUGUUGCCUUUAAUACACCUAAAGCGGUCACACUGAAUCUUUGGCCAGAGAAUAUGCUGAUAAUAAUGCAUGUGGCAAGCCAUCUUGGCUUCGGAUGCAAAUACUCGACAUCAAGAAUUGCAAUUAGUUAAUAACACAAAAUGAUUCCAUGAUAUCAAGGAAGUAAUGUGUUGUGAUAGAGCCAAGCUAGUUUACACACACACUAACUUGGAUAUAUUCCGGGUGAUAUCUCUGUGAUAUUUGAAAUCUAACUGUUUUGACAGUGGACAUGAAAGUGGGUCAGUUUUUAAGAUCGUACUUUUAAGCCCAGAGCCCUGGGAACGAUUGUCUUUAGUGAGGGUGCUGAUGUAAAUUUGAAAAGAAAAAAUUAUGUUUUCACUACAAAAUGGAGAUCAAAUUGGUCCCGAGAUAUUUGAAAAGUACAAAAAAAGGGGGGUUCAUUACAAAAUGAAGGUCAUUUUGGUCACUUUUUCAAUUUUUACACGUCUUCCAAAAUACCUGGGGGUGCUGCCUUUGAAGAAUAAUACCCACAGCACCCCCAAGGAAUUUUGUUGGUGGGCUUCAGCACCCUCGUUACCCAGGGCCAUGUUUA